AUGGAGCGCAUAAUAAGCCUUUAUUGGCAGAGACAGCAAACACCGCACAAUUCAUCAUUGGAAGAUGAGCCAAGGGUGAGCUACUUGCAUGGACAUAUUGGGGCUUUGUUUGAUGCACUGAGGAAUGGAUCAAAUACGAAAGGCUAUUUUCAAUGGUCCUUCUUGGAUUUAUUAGAGUUAUUGGACGGCUUUGAAUCAAGCUUUGGCCUUUACUACAUAGACAUGGAUGACCCGGAUUUAAAAAGGCAACCAAAGCUUUCUGCUCAUUGGUACUCCCAUUUCUUGAAGACAAAAGGUGUCAGCUCAGAUGGGUUUAUCAAACUUGAUAAGAAUUUGACUGCAUUUUCCCAUGCUUACUUCUCUCGGUAG